UUUGUUUUCAUGCAGUCCGACUAGAAACGGCCGGGAGGAGACGAGCGGUUGCUUGCGACGCCUCUGGGAAGCUAUAAACAGGAAGUCUGCAGAUGCUGGAAAUUACAAAGCAACACACACGAAAUGCUGGAGGAACUCAGCUGGCAGCAUCUAUGGAAAUAAAUAAAGACUCGACGUUCCAGGCCUGAAGAAGGGUCUCGGCCCGAAACGUUGACUGUUUAUUCUUUCAAAAAACUUCUGCAGAAUUGUUCACAUUGGAGGUGCUAACUGUGGUCUUAACUGCCAUAUGUGCUCCUUCAGAAUCUUACUGUCUGGAUUUUUUUUUCAUGGUGGUGUCAUCAAUGAUGUCCUCUCUCAAAAAGCUGACAGAAGGAUGUGAAGCAUGCUUUUGGAUAUCAGCAUGUCAAGUAGCUGAAACUGAAAGUGCCAACAAUUCCCAAUAAAAUAUGGGGAACACCACAACUAAAUUUCGUAAAGCUCUCAUAAAUGGGGAUGAGUCCUUGGCUUACCAACUCUAUGAGAGCAAUCCUCAGUUCAAAGAGUCUUUGGAUCCAAAUGCUUCUUAUGGGGAACCCUAUCAACAUAACACUCCUCUGCAUUACGCUGCCAGACAUGCUAUGACCAAGUUGUUGCGAAUCUUUCUUUUCAACAAAGAUGGAAAUCCAAACAAGCGAAAUAUACAUAAUGAGACUGCUUUGCACUUGUUGUGUAUGGGGCCGCAUAUCAUGCUCCCUGAAGCAGCCCUGCAGCCUCGUCUUGCACGACCCAAUGAAGAUGAUGACAAGAGAGCUGAAUGUUUGCAGAUGAUUCUUAAGUGGAAGGGUGCCAAACUUGACAAAGGCGAGUUUGAAAAGGCUGAGAACAAUGCUGUUGAUAACAAAAAGAGCACACCUUUGCACUAUGCAGCUGCCUCAGGGAUGAAAGCGUGUGUGGAGCUCUUAGUAAGGUACGAUGCAGACCUCUUUGCAGAAAAUGAAAACCGAGAUACGCCAUGUGACUGUGCUGAGAAACAGCAUCAUAAGGACCUAGCUCUUAAUCUUGAGUCACGGAUGGUGUUUUCACGAGACCCAGAAGCUGAAGAAGUGGAAGCAGAGUAUGCGGCUUUGGACAGAAGAGAGGUAUAUGAGGGAUUAAGACCACAGGAUCUGAGGAAGUUAAAGGAUAUGCUGAUAGUCGAAACUGCGGACAUGCUUCAAGCUCCACUUUUUACUGCAGAGGCCCUGCUCCGAGCUCACGACUGGGAUCGGGAAAAAUUACUUGAAGCUUGGAUGUUAAACCCUGAAGACUGUUGCCAACGGUCUGGUAUUCAGAUGCCAAUUCCACCUCCAAGUGGUUAUAAUGCAUGGGACACUCUCCCCUCGCCUCGAACACCUCGCACCACCCGUUCAUCUGUCACCUCUCCCGAUGACCUGAGUUUAUCUCCGACUGAUGAAGAUGCCCCUGUGUGUGGGAUAUGCAUGUGCAGCAUUUCUGUAUUUGAAGAUCCAGUGGAUGUCCCUUGUGGUCAUGAAUUCUGCAGAGGAUGCUGGGAAGGGUUUUUGAAUAUCAAAAUUCAAGAGGGAGAAGCCCACAAUAUAAUCUGCCCAGCCUUUGACUGUUUUCAACUGGUUCCUGUAGAUAUCAUAGAAAACUUGGUUUCCAGAGAGAUGGACAAACGCUAUUUGCAGUUUGACAUUAAGGCAUUUGUGGAAAAUAAUCCAGUUAUCAAAUGGUGUCCUACCCCUGGCUGUGAGAGGGCAGUACGACUAACCUGUCAAAGAUCAGGCUCUACAAUGGACCAGUUGAAUUUUCCUCUGCUUAGUGCACCUGCAGUAGAUUGUGGAAAAGGACAUCUCUUCUGUUGGGAGUGUCUCGGAGAAGCCCAUGAACCCUGUGAUUGCCAAACGUGGAAAAACUGGCUACAGAAAAUUACAGAAAUGAAACCAGAAGAACUUGCUGGUGUAAAUGAAGCUUUUGAAGAUGCUGCCAACUGUCUUUGGUUAUUAUCUAAUUCUAAACCAUGUGCCAAUUGUAAAUCUCCAAUUCAAAAGAAUGAGGGCUGCAAUCACAUGCAGUGUGCCAAGUGCAAAUAUGAUUUUUGUUGGAUUUGUCUGGAAGAAUGGAAGAAACACAGCUCAUCCACUGGAGGCUAUUAUAGAUGCACUCGUUAUGAGGUCAUCCAGCAGGUUGAAGAGCAGUCAAAGGAGAUGACAGCUGAGGCUGAAAAAAAGCACAAGAAAUUCCAGGAACUUGACAGAUUUAUGCACUACUAUUCAAGAUUUAAGAACCAUGAGCAUAGUUAUAAGUUAGAGCAACGUCUUUUGAAAACUGCCAAAGAAAAGAUGGAACAAUUAAGCAGAGCUCUAAAAGGUGUUGAAGGAGUCUCUCCAGAUACAACUUUUAUUGAAGAAGCAGUACAUGAGCUUUUGAAAACACGGCGUAUCCUUAAGUGCUCCUACCCUUAUGGAUUUUUUCUGGAACCUAAAAGCACAAAGAAGGAAAUAUUUGAGCUUAUGCAGACAGACUUAGAGAUGGUAACAGAGGACCUAGCUCAGAAAGUUAACCGACCUUACCUCCGUACUCCUCGUCAUAAAAUCAUCCGAGCAGCAUGUCUUGUUCAACAGAAAAGACAAGAAUUUCUGGCUUCUGUGGCUCGUGGAGUUGCCCCUGCAGACUCUCCUGAAGUACAAAGACGCAGUUUUGCUGGUGGAACCUGGGAUUGGGAAUAUUUAGGUUUUGCAUCACCUGAGGAAUAUGCUGAAUUUCAGUACAGAAGACGGCACAGGCGACGGCGAGAUAUGCAUAGCCUUCGGAGUAACACACCAGAUCCUGAAGAUCCCAGUGAUAAUACAAUAGAUACCCAAGAAGGCAACAGUAGGCGACAUGGUACUUCCAUGGUGAGUUCAGCAUCUAUGAGUAUUCUGCACAGCUCUUCGCUUCAUGACUAUACCCCUGUCAGUCAUUCUGAGAACCAGGACUCUCUGCAGGCUUUGAGCUCUCUUGAUGAUGAAGAUCCAAAUAUCCUGCUAGCUAUCCAGCUUUCCCUGCAAGAAUCUGCCCUUGCUGUAGGUGGUGAGCCUCAAGAAUUCCUUAACAAUGAACCAUCUUUAGGGGCCAUUGGUACUUCCUUGCCUUCAAGGCUUGAUACAGCUCAGAGAGGCAUGGAUAGUGCAAGAGCUCUAAGCAAUUCUCAGUUAAUGGAUUUGGAUAACAACCUGAUGAGACUUAAUGUAAACAAUGAUCCCUACCCUAAUAGAUUUAGUAGCUCCUUUGAUGUACAUACUAGAUACUUCUCAUCUCCUGAAGGUACGGAUCCCACAGACACAGACCCUGCAAUGAAUGUAAAUCUUCUUGGUAAUAUCAUGGCCUGGUUCCAUGAUAUGAAUCCCCAGAGCAUUGCAUUAAUUCCUUCGGCAUCUUCAGAAACUGACAUUAAUACACAGCAACUUGGUGGAGAGGAACAAGCAUCAGGCAGAAUUGAGAUGUUACAGAGCCUUCAUGAGGACCAUGCAUUAUUUGAAGCUGCAGUCAUGAAUGAAGGUAGAGGACCCCAAGUUGAUGAAGCCUACUCUUUGGAAAGUACUGAUGCUACCAAAUCGGAACCAGAAUCAUCGGGUGUGAGUGACAGCAGGAGUAGAAUACUCUUGGAUGAUGACUCCCAGCAGAAUAACUCUUCAAAUGAAUGGGAAGAACAAAUUCAUUUAGUAUAACUGCAACAAGUAGAUUACUCAUGGAGUCACUUUCAUUGUGUCCCUGUUGCUUAGAUCAGCAUGAACCUAGGCUGGCACAUAGUAUAGGAGUGCUGAAGCACCUGUCAAUGAUAGAGAAAAGUUUUGAGUCCUCCAAAGAAUAUCUCAGCUAGUUAAUCCCACAUUGGUUCCUGAAUUUUCAAUGAAAAGCUUAAUUCUUUUGGAUCCUUGUUUAUCUUUUAAUUAUACCAACUGGUAAUUAAAGGAUCUGUAUAAAAACAGGGAGGCUGUCUUAUCCGACGUCAUAGGCAUCGAGAAUUGUUCUAAAGGGUAGUCUGUUGGAAUACUUCUAAGUUGACUGUAAAAGGAAAGUAAGCACUGCCUAUUACAAGUGAAUUGUGGUGCCAAAAUUUAACCAGUUGAAACCAGUUUAAUCCAUUGUAUUCCGCUUGUGCCUGCACUGGCCAGAACUGAUCUUUGGAGCCAUCGACUGGAAGUGGCCUCUUUUUGUGGAAGUAGAUGCAAAUUGGAAGUCAAAGUAGCAUGGUUGCUGCAGAGGUGUGGCUUGCGCUUUGAUUUGUUAAGUGGUUGCUGCUUUCAAGUGAUUUAUUUCAAGGAAUCAGAAAUGGAGAUUAUCAGAGUACUCUUUUUUAAACUCCCCACUUUACUGUAAAUUCAAUUGGAGUCUUUUCAUCUGGAGAAGUGCAGGGGGGAGAAGAAAAGUAUUGAAUUAAAUGUACUGUCAGUGCCACUUUGUCUUGAAAAAGACUUGAAAUGUAGGCCUAAAAUUUGUUAAAUGCAAAGCCAUCCCUUGUAGGCAAAAAGGUAAAAAUCAUAUGAAAGCCACAACGAUCACUUCAAAUGUCUGCCUACUCAGUCUAUCAUUGUGCCUUGCCUUACCUACAUGGUUGGUUGCCACAUUUUCAGAUCAUCAGAAUUAAGAUCAAACCAAUGCACAUGACCCUAAAUUAAUUUAUCAUAUAAUUGUUGCCAUUUGCAUUUUGGGAUGAGAGUUUUGCAUUGAAUAUUGGAUGUGUGUCUGUGGAAUUUUGUAGUAAAUUUCACAGCAUUUAAAAAAUUUGGUUGUAUAAUAAUAUAAUCAAACUUUUUCCAAGUACACAGUCAUUGUCUGGAAAAAGAAUCUAAUUGUGCUAAUUUUUAUUAUGAAAGUUUUUACCCUUAAAAGCAUCAUACUAGUCUAAAUCAUCAAGUUGCUUUUAUCAAACUCGAAUAAUUUCAUUCAGUUUUUGAAAUUUGGAGUUUAAUAAAUAUAAACAAUGUAAAGCCCAAGAUUUGUAAGUGGUUUAAGUUUGGAAUGUUUUACUUAACUGACUUUUUACUGAGUCACUGUCUGACAAAGUAGUGUUGCAUUGAAGUAAUUUUGGUUUGAUAUUGGAAAUAAAAAGGAUAUAUAUUACAUGGCAUUGAAUAUGUAUUGCAAAGUUGAGCUAUGUAAGAGUGUUGUAUAUGAAGUUAGUAGUUCUGUGGGGUUUUCGUUAUGUAAAACCAUUGUUUAAUUUGUGGAAUUUAAACCAUGGUCCAUUCUGUGUAUUGUUGGCUAUGCAUGGUCAUGAAUCAUUCAGAUUCAAAACUAUCUUUUCAGUUACAAGUUUUAAAUCUCUUGGAUUAAUUUGAAAAUCGGAAAAAAAAAUCAGAACUAUUUUUAAGGAACUGCGAAUUUUAUAAUACUAAAGCCAACUAUUAACCUUGAAUUAUCUUCAAAAGAAUUGUUGCUAUUUGCACUUUCAUAGUACUGUACUUAAUACAUUCCCACUUUAUAUAAGGAUACAAUAUUUAGAUGUUUGACCAAUGCAAAGUGUCUUUUAAAACUAACAGUUAAACUGCAAAACUGAUUGGACGUAUUGAUUUAAAUUGAAGUCAGCAAAUUAAUUAACUUGCUAGUAGGGUCAUUCACCUGAAUUUGUGAAGUUAUGUUUUAAGUUUUGUUUCCUCAAGCUCCUUUAAUUCUGUUUUAAAUAUUGCAGUUCUUCCUCUGAGGCCGAAUGAUAAAAUUCAGUUCUUAUGCUAUUGGGUUUCAGUGAAAACUGCAUUUCCUAUAUUUACUCCUUAUCCUCGAGUAUAAUUUUCUUUGGUUCAAAUGUAAUAUCAUGGAAAUGAAUGGAGGUUUGAUCAACACAAUUGUAAAUUAAUAUUUAUAAUAAAUUCAAGUUU